CCUGCCCCCCCGCCCCCCUCCCGGGUGUGCGUGAGGCGGCGGCGCGUGGCAGCGGCGGCUCCCGCCCGCGGGGCUGUGAGGGGCGAGCGCGGGCAGCGGCGGCGACCCCGGCCCAGCCCGGCCCGGCCCCGCCAUGACCGACUUCAAGCUGGGCAUCGUGCGGCUCGGCCGGGUGGCCGGCAAGACCAAGUACACGCUGAUCGACGAGCAGGACAUCCCGCUGGUGGAGAGCUACUCCUUCGAGGCUCGAAUGGAGGUAGAUGCUGAUGGAAAUGGUGCUAAAAUAUUUGCUUAUGCGUUCGACAAAAAUCGUGGAAGGGGUUCUGGCCGUCUCCUGCAUGAGCUGCUUUGGGAGAGACACCGGGGAGGGAUUGCUCCUGGAUUUCAGGUGGUACAUCUGAAUUCAGUGACAGUGGACAACCGCCUAGACAAUCUGCGCCUAGUUCCUUGGGGGUGGAAACCCAAAGCUGAAGAAAUCUCUAGCAAACAAAGGGAACAAAGUCUGUAUUGGCUGGCAAUCCAACAGCUUCCUACAGAUCCUAUAGAAGAGCAGUUUCCUGUACUGAAUGUAACACGAUAUUACAACGCUAACGGGGAUGUUGUGGAGGAGGAAGAGAACUCAUGCACUUAUUAUGAAUGUCACUACCCACCAUGCACAAUGAUCGAAAAACAGUUACGUGAAUUCAACAUUUGUGGCCGAUGCCAGGUGGCGAGGUACUGUGGGUCACAAUGCCAGCAGAAAGACUGGCCUGCUCACAAGAAACACUGUCGGGAGAAGAAACGGACCUUCCAGCAAGAGCUCGGACCAGAACGAUGACCGGGUGGCACAGGCCUCUUAGCAGCAGGAUUCCUUCUCAAAGGCAUUGGACUCUUGCUUUUGCACAGUAAUGACAGGCUGCUUAUUGAAGCCAGAGGCACUGAAGAAGAAAAACCCUGUGAUGCUUGAGCAGAAUGGCUGACUGGACUAAGCCAGCUCUGACUGGUGCUGUGGAAAGGGAUUGGGUCUACCCUUCCAGUAUUAUAUUCUCAAGCAAAAAGACUACUGUGGAGGCUCCAGGCAGGAAGCUUCUCAUUAUUUAUAUGUUAAUACAUUUGUAAACUCAUGUACAGUUUUUGUUAGAAAUUCUUGAUAGGACUCAUUAACUGUAAUGUUCAGAUGAGAACAUGUUGUUGGCCUGAAAGUUAAAAAAAAAAAAAAAAAAAAGUCAUGUAGCAAAAGCUUUUCCUCCCAUGUGGCUAGAAGUAUCUGUGGCAGUGCCAAGGCCAGAAGGCAGGCUCCAACAUCAGCAGUUACUUUGGAGAACUCUGCAUGGAAGUUAUAUUUUAAAAAAAAAAAAGCGGGGGGGGGGGGGGCAGGGGGGCAAACAAAGUAAAAGUUGGAAUGAAUCAUUGUCUACCCUCUAGCUUUCUCCCGUUCCCUUCCAGCUGCUUUCAGAGCACAGUCACACUUGGAUGUUGGAAAUACCUACUCAGUAGGAACCAGUGCACCAGAAACGAGCAGAAUGUAGGGGACCAUCUGGGAUCUGUGCACACAGGCAAGCUAUAGCCUGUCGCUGCCUUCAGAGAAGGGCUGCUGGAGAUUGUGCUUUAACAACCAGUAUUUUUAGAAAGCUGAAUUGGCUUUCUUACUACAAAACCUUUGUAUAUAAAGUAGUUGUAGGGAAGCUCAGGUAGUCAGCUGUGUGUGGAUGUGGUUGCCUUCAUGGCUUCCCCGUAAACAUAGCAAAUACUAUGUGAUGUGCAGAUAUGUUGAAAUGAUCUAAUAUUUGGUAAUUUGAGUUAUUUAUUCAUUUUCUAAAGAGAUGCCAUCAAUCCAAGAAUCACUUUGGCUUUUUAUGUAGCAAUGAGUAAAAAUAAUAUGGGAGGAGGAUUUGACUUGCAGAGUACAUGCCUGUUUUUCUUUUCAGACGUUUUGUCAUGCAUAAUCUGAAAGUUUUUGCUUUUUCUUUUUUUGCCUUGGAAAUAUAAGGAAUAUCAAAUGA